UAUGAUCAUCAUCAUCAUCUCCCACAUCUUUCUACUUCGCUUUGCUCUGGCUCUCUCUCUCUCUCUCUCUCUCUCUCUCUCUCGCGCGCACUCACUGGGCAGGAGACUGGAGUGGGGAGAAAGAAAGCGCAGCAAAUUGAAAUGGCGGCAUCAUCUCCACCACCACCUCCUCCUCCUCCGCCUCCUCUCCACCCGCAUUUGCGUAUUCCCUACUCUGCCCCUGCCCGCCUCCUGCUUUUCCUGUUGCUUAUAACUCACCCCGUUUCUUUGGCGGUUAACAUCACCGCCGUGCUCUCAGCCUACCGCGACCUCUCCGACUUCAAUCGCCUACUCAGCUCCACCUCCGUCCCCGGCGACCUCGCGGGACGCUCCUCCCUCACCAUCCUCGCCGUCCCCAACGCCUACCUCCUCCGCUCCUCGGCCGCCCGCACCGCCGCGGCCGCUGACAUCGCCGACGUCCUCCGCUACCACGUCCUCCUCGAGUACCUCUCGUGGCCCGACCUCCGCCGCAUCCCGACCGGCGGGAAGCUCGUCACCACUCUGUACCAGACCACCGGCAGGGCCGCCGGAAACCUCGGCGCCGUCAACCUCACCCGCGACGAGGGGGGCGGCGUCACCGCGCGCUCGCCCGCCCCCUUCUCCGCCUCCAACGCCACCAUCCUCGACCUCGUCGGCACCCACCCCUACAACGUCUCCGUCUUCGCCGUCAACGCACUCCUCCUCCCCUACGGGUUCGACCUCGCCGCCUCGGAGACGCGCCCUCCCGUCGGGGUCAACAUCACGCGGGUCCUCUUCGACGGCCGCGACUUCAACGUGGCCGCCUCCAUGCUCGAGGCGUCGGGCGUCGCAGCAGAGUUCGAGGCCGACGAGCGCGGCGCCGGAAUCACCGUCUUCGUCCCCACCGACGAGGCCUUCGCAGAUCUCCCGGCCACCGAGCGGCUGCAGUCUUUGCCGGCGGACCGCAAGGCGGUGGUGCUCCGCUUCCACGUGCUCCACUCCUACUACCCCCUCGGCUCCCUCGAGUCCAUCGUCAACCCCGUCCAGCCCACGCUCGCCACCGAGGACACCGGCGCCGGCCGCUUUACCCUCAACAUCACGCGUGUCAACGGCUCGGUGGCCAUCGACACCGGCGUGGUCCAGGCGUCCAUCACGCGCACCGUGUUCGACCAGAACCCGGUGGCCGUAUUCGCCGUCUCCAAGGUGCUACUGCCGAGGGAGAUCUUCCCGGGGGAGACCAGCGGAGCGAUGCAGGCGGCAGCCGCUGCGCCGCCGCCGGUGGAGGCGGCGGGUCUCCCGCCGCAGGGGGCCGAGGACUGGGACACGCCGCCGGCGAGGCUGUCGUCGCCGCCGGGCCUCAGAGAGGAGCUUACGUCCGGGGCGGCCGUCCGCGAUGGGGUUGCCCUGUCCUGUAUAGCGUCGCUCUUUCUAAUGCAGCUGCUGAUUAAGCAAACAAGUACAAUCGAAGGGGCUGUUGAAGUUUCAGUCAACAGGGAAAUCUGCAUCAUGAUUUUGACUGUGUUCGAGGGGCUUUAUGAUUUUGGGCAGGAAAGGUGAAAAAUGUUUUGUACGAAAAGGGGAUUUGGAUUCACAAGAAGGAUACUUGUUCUCACAGGUGGAAGGCCUUGGUGACUCAAAUCAGCAUUCUAUUGCUAUUUUAAGGAAUUGGGAGAUGCUGCUUACCCAUUUUUUGUUCACCAUGGAGACAGAAUAUAGAUUUAAAGGGAGAAAAAGACUAAAGAUAUAACUCAGAACUCUGUCUCAACUUGCACUUACGCGAUGCGGAGUGGGGCAUGUGCUAGAAGUUGCAUCAGCACCAACACAUUAAAACCUUGACGCAUGUUGGAGGUUGAGUUUGUGGAUGGCACAUUGCAUCUCAAUGUCGUUAGACCCUGAGCCAGGAAUUGCGAACCGAGCAAAGCACAACAUAUUUUUAUCAAGUUUCAGUCACGAGCGCUUUGGUGCCAAAUCCUGAAAGAUCGAUGAAGAAUGAGAUUUUAUGUUUGACAUUUUGCGCUUUCGUUACUCGUGUGAUACUGUAAUGCUCUAAUUUGUUAUAUUGCAGCGAUGGAUUUCUUCUGUAUUUGCUGCAAUAGUUUUGGCAAACCAUGACACCAUGUGAGAGUAGCAUGAGUUUGGAUCACAUGUUGAAUGUUUUUACUGA